UCGAUGAAAUUUUUAUGCGCGUAGUGAGCCCUUUAUUUGGUAAUAUGGCGGCCGUCAAAUUUGGUCCACAUUUGAAGGAACUUCGAAUUCUUCUGUGCCAAUCCUCAAAGUCUAGUCAGGGAGUCAGAGAUUUCGUAGAGAGCAAAUAUGUGCCCUUAAAGAUUGCAAACCCACAAUUCCCAGUUUUAAUAAGAGAAUGCUCGAACAUUGAGCCCAGGCUGUUCGCACGAUAUGAAUUUGGGAAGGAGUCAUCAGUAUCUCUCGCGAACAUGAAUUCCGAGGAAAUCUUUAAAAAAGUACAGCAAUUGGCGACAGCAAAUCCCUAGAACUCUGCACUCUAGCCAAAUUUCCCCAUGUACUAUAAUAUAUUCUAGUUCACAAUAUAACUAAAUAAAGGCAAUUAGAAUUAAAUAUUCAUUGGAAGGAAAGAAUGAUAAAGCUAGUGUUGAGAACCA